GGAGCGUCUCUCUCUCUCUCUCUCUCUCUAUCUCAGUCUCUCUCUCUGUGUCUGUGACGUGGUGUGUGUGAUGGAGAGAAAGCGAAACAGGUCGGCUCUCCUUCAGUAGACUGUUAACCUGCACAGGAGGAAGCAGCCCUCUUCAGACUGAGAUCUCUCCGUGUGAAUGUCAAGUUGGAGAAAGAAGGACAACUUCACUAAGAGUAAUCAGGAAAUAAGUGAAAACUGAGAGCUGCUGCAAAGCUCCAGGCUGAAGUCUCCGGCGCUCAGGUCUCCAGCUCCAGCUGCCAUGACAGACACCCCCGCUUGAGCUUCUCAGUGACACCCUGUGACGGGGGAGGAUGGGUGAUGGGCCCGUGAAAUUCACCGGACUCUUUCCUCCUUAUCCCAUCCUCUCAUGGAGCACCCUGUCACACCGAGCCCCUCCUGGAACCAUUCUCUCUCGGGCCUCCCCAUACUUCCAGCCUCUCUGCACCCAAAUAUCUCUAACGUGACCUCGCCGGCCACAAGCCUCCCAGGGGGGCUCGAUCUGAACCGGUCCUUGGCGCUGUGUGCCAUGCUCAUCAUCGAUGUGCUGGCAGUGGUGGGGAACUUGGCUGUGAUGAUUGUGAUCACUAAAACGCCGCAGCUACGCAAGUUUUCCUUUGUGUUCCACCUGUGUCUGGUGGACCUGCUGGCAGCGCUGGUGUUGAUGCCUCUGGGGAUGCUGUCAGACCGAAUCCUUGCAGACGAGGCGCUGUGUCGGAGCUACCUCUGCCUUAGUGUGUGUCUAGUGAGUGCUGCCAUCCUCACCAUCUGUGCCAUCAACGUGGAGCGCUACUACUACAUCGUCCACCCCAUGCGUCAUGAGGUGAAGAUGACACUGGGGCUGGUGGUGACAGUGUUAGUGCUAAUCUGGAUUAAAGCCAUUGUUAUGUCGGUGCUGCCUCUCGUUGGAUGGCUGCUUCAGGGGAACCAGGGUGUGGGGACUCCUUCGACCCUUAUUCAGGGUCAGAGACACUGCUCACUUCACUGGACGGGAGUCAGACACACACGGCUACUUUUCAUGGUCUUCUUUACGUUCAUCUAUUUUCUUUGCCCUAUGCUGAUCAUCCUGGUGGUCUACUGCAACAUGUUCAAGGUGGCGAGGGUAGCAGCCAUGCAGCACGGCCCCCUGCCAACUUGGAUGGACACACCCCGACAACGCUCCGAGUCAAUCAGCAGCCACUCCACCAUGGCAGCCAGCCUCGGUGGAACUGGCGCCCGCACCACCCCACAGAGGACCUUCAGCGGCGGGAAGGCUGCGGUGGUUUUGGUGGCAGUGGGUGGCCAGUUCCUCUGCUGCUGGCUGCCAUAUUUCUACUUCCAUCUCUACACGGCGGUGGUCUCUACCUCUCCCUCCUCACUGUCCCAGCUGGAGGAUGUUGUCACAUGGAUAGGCUAUUUUUCCUUCACCUCCAACCCCUUCUUCUACGGCUUCCUGAACCGUCAAAUUCGCGAGGAGCUGGGCCGCCACCUGGCCUGCCUCUUCAAGCGGGCCGGGCCAAGCGAAGGGGAGCAGCUGCCCAGCCGCGAGGCCUCCAUCGAGGAGAACUUUUUGCAGUUCCUUCAGGGCACUGGAUGCAAUCUGGAGCACUGCAACUCACACAGCAGAGGCAGCCAAGAGGAUCCAGAGAAUGAGGGCCUUCAGGAAUCAGCUGUUCUGCAGAACACGCCAGCUGACUUCCACAUCCCAGGUCAGAUCCUUGAGGAAACCUCAGAGUUCAUACAGCGGCAACAGCUGAACAAUGAGCUACAUGUAUCAGAGAACUGCUACAAAACUGUGCCCGAGCUGUAGCUGCCUCUCAUGUACCGUCUCUUUUGCCAUCUAUAAUCCAAUAAAUAUAUUUAGUUUUAUUCUUAUUUUCUAAAAUGUGUUAAGUUAAUAUAUCUUUUGUUCAUGCUACAGCAGUGCUUUUAAGCUAACAACCAAGUGAACUGCAAAACACGUCUUUUUCAAAAUAAUUUAAGUUGUGUCGAGAUUUCGGAGAAAGACGAAGACGAAUAUGUUCCAUCUUGCUCGUAUCAUGGAGCAUUACAUGUUUUCAGAGCCAUACAGUGUCAGACUGUUUUAAAGUGAUGUUAGCUGAUGGACACUAAAGUCUUGUGAUAAUCACGGGUCAGUGGUGUGACAAACAUCACGUAAGAAAAAGAAUUGCUGAAACUCUGUGAGUGCAAAACGUCAGGGGAAACACCAAUUUUCACACUUGGGAAACUCUUAGAGCCAUUUAAUUACAUUUUAAGUGAAAAAGUGAAAUGUGACUUUUAAUAUGCAUUCCUUAAUUUAUUCCUCAUUUAAGUGAGGUUAAAAAAUGUUAAGUGUGAAAUAAGUCAUAAAACAUUACUGCGAUUACAUCAAAAAUGCUCUACUUCCACGUUCAUGUUCUUCUUGUUUUACUUACUUACCAAGACUUGAAAAAGCCCCUUGACAAUCCGUUCAUAUACGCUCAGCGAGACAGCAGUUCCCUAUGAACAAACAGAUGUUUUAUUAUUCAUAUAAGUAAUUAUCUAACAAUAAAACCCACUUUGCUUCACCUAUAUAUAGAAACUAGUUAAUCUCAAACAUAUUUUUGAGUCUGUUGAAAGAAAAAACGUGAGAAAAGAGGAGGAGGGAAAAGUACAUAUUGUGAGUUAUUGUAGCUGUCAUGCCUGGUUUGUUGAGGAUAUGUUUAUAAGUGUUUUUAUUUCACUUGCUCAUCAUAACACCAAGGACUUCAUGUAAAAAUGUAGUUGUUUUCCCAGUUGAAAUGCAUGAGUAUUCAGAACCAUUUUAAAAAUGGUCUAUUCCUUUGAAAUAUUCAUUGUGUUAAACAGGAUCAUUUCACAGCUGGUGCUGCUCGUGUUAUUUAUAAUAAACAGGCUGACACGAUAGCUUAUUAUUAAGCAUUUUCCAGGAACAUCAUUAUCAUGUUUAUCUGUUUGCAGUCUUGUGAUUAUCACCUCCUCACCAAAAAUCUCACAUUGGUACACUCGUGAUUUCACCCUCCUCAACUCAAAGAAAAACAUUGUGGCUGCUUUAAUUUGUGUGACACUAAUGGUGUUAGGAUUUAAGCUUUGCAAAAACAUUGUCAAACCACAGUUGAACUGUAAGAAAAAAAAAAAGAAAGAAGCCCGAUGUCUGUGCUGUUUACAGGUAAACAAGGGAGCAGUGUGAGUGCGCCUGUGUUUGUGCUCUAAACAACCAUGCUUGUUGUGGCUACACAGCACACAGGUGAGACGGUGCUUACACAUGGCAAGCUUUGCCUUUGGCCUCAUUCAGCAACAAAUGGAAGACUGUGGUGAUACUUUCUCUGAUCUCAGGUGGAAUACAAACUGUUUGCACAAGUCACACGAGCAGUGACAAAUCUUCCAAAGAAAUUACACGGCACACAUCUUUCACUAAACACUUUCUUGUCUCUUUUUAUACUUGCUCUUUUUUGCUGCCUUUAUCUAUUUUGGGCUGCCUCAUACCGGACUGUUGGCAUGAUCAUAAGACAUACAGGAGGUUCAUAUUUUGCUGGGAGUCAGAACAAAAAAAGGCCCCUUUGUCAGGAGGAGACAUAAUGUUCUUAAUAUUCCUGCAAUAUGACGCUGUUGCACACUGUUUUUCAGAUAGGGUCAUCAUGUCAUCUUGUUUCAAAAUGUUUCCUUUGUGUGCAGUAAUGUGAGGCCCUAGAAAAUAGUGAGCUCAAGACGCAAUCACUGCCAUAAUUCUAAAUGUUCAAAAGUGUGUAUGUAAAUAAAUAAACAUACCAUUUUAUGCAACAAAAUUACAUAGAAUUACCUUGAUUGAUUCCACGAGGGUACAGGAACAAGAGUCUUAUCUCUUCAGAUUAUCUUACUCAUUGAACAUUAUUAAUCAUCUCCUCUUUAUCGUACAAUGUUGUAAUAAAUUGGGUGAUAUUUCUCAUAGUCUGGGGUCAUUACAAAGCCCUUUAUGUUGAUUGAAUCCCCCAUUCAAUCAGCUGGAUUUCCGUUACCGUAGCAGCAAAAUUGCCCCGACCAAUCUGAUUAAAUGCUUUAAGCUCUAUUUCUGCUACCAUCUGUUGAUUAUGAGGACAUGGAAAUAAGCUGCUCUGAAGGUGAAUGUCAGAUAAUAUUCCCAGCUUCAGGAAUAUUCACUGACAUUAGUCAGAAACUGUUUUGUUCAUGGUAAAUAAUGAAUGUGUCUUUUGUACCCGAGCUGAAAAGACUGUUUGGAUUCAUUAUCAUUACAGUCUGUUUCCCUGUGUUUUGGUUACCUAUCAGUUGAUAUGAUACAAGAAAACAGCACAAGUUUAAGUUGCUGUGGUAGUUACAAGAAAUGUUUUGACGAAUAAUAACAUCUCUGUCACACGAUCAAUCCUGUCAAUCAUCUUUUUCUGUUCCACGCUCUAGCUGCGUGCAUCUGUGGUUGUGUGUG